CUGUUCCUACACCCAAUGCCCAAACGUGAGCGAGGAUGGAGACUACCAAAGGUAGGUGUCAAUAUAACUCAAAGUGACGUGAACAAUGCAUAUGCCUACUAUUUUUUACCAUUAUGCAUUACACAGGUUGGGAGCACAACUAUGAGUAGUACUGAAGCUUUGAAGGCAGGACUACGUGGCAAGGCUUUAAAGAUUUUACAUUACUACAGGGAUAUGUUAUGGGAUUCGGCUGAUGGUCGUUAUGUCCCUAAUGAAGGAUUUUUUGAUGACAUUGUUGUUGAAGAUCCUAAUCCUGUUUCGACAUCUCAGGCUCCUGAUUCUGCUGAAGAACCUGAAGUCACGAAUGAUGAUAGUGUUUUGGCUGAAGAUGCAGGAGUCGAUAUUUCAGACAAUCAUGGUACAAAUCCUGGCAUCCAGAUUGAAGCAGUGGAAGAGAUAACUGAUGUUGUUAACGAACUAAAACUUCCCGAAGAUAAAACUACUGAACAAGCACCUGUUGAAAUGGAACAUCAUAAUUUGAGAACUGAGGAAAUUGAUUCUCUCUUGGACAAAUGCCUUCUGCAAGCGCUAUACACAAGCAUAAAAGAAAAAGAUAUUCCAAUGCCAGGAAGUACACUAUGGGCGAAUCACAUACUACCGAACAGACCUCCUGGUGUUACUAUUGAUAUCAAAAAGUCAUCACACAAAAAGUUGUCGAAGUGGUUACAAUCAAAAUCUUCAUCUGGCCUUAUUUCAGCAAAGGAGGACAAAUAUAAGAAGGAAGUUGUAUUGCUUGCUAUCAAUCACAAGCAUCCAGACUACAUGGCCUUUAGACCGGAAAAGAGGGUACAGGAGCUUGUUGAACAUGAAAAGGAUGUUGCUGAAAGUAGUGUCACUAAGCAAUUGGAGGUUGCAGAGAUUUAUAAGCCAAGUUCUCAUGUUAAACCCAUAUUUGUGGCUGUCGAAGCUGACAUGGAGAAGUAUUACAGUGCACCAGAGGCUUCAGAUAUAGUCUUCAGGUACGUCGAAAAGGAAAAAUUGGUUAAACCUACAGACAAGGCCAAGGUGAUUCUUGAUGUUACAUUAUGUGAUGCAUUGUACAAAGGGGCUAUCAAAAAGGGCUCGGCAUACCCAACUGAAAUCCACAAGAAAGACUUAGGUUCAGCAUUCUUAAACCGUAUGCAAGUUCACCACAAGGUAUCGAGAGGAACUCAGGAGGUCAUACGCAAGGGUGCCAUAAGAACUAUCCAGAUCAUGACAGAAAGAAGACAGGGCAACAAGAAGAUGACUCGGCUUUCAGGACUCGAGUGUAGGUUCGGAUGGGAGAGCCUUCCUAGAAAAUUUAUCUCCGACUGCAGGUAGGCAUCGAGAAGUCUC